AUGGUCAGCAACCUCCCACUCAGUUCAUUGACGCUGAAGCCACCUCCAGAUGGACUUCCAUGCAUUGGUGACUUUACCACGACCUGCAUUUCGUACUUGUUCUCUGGCUCCCGGCUGCACCGGGAGCCACUGGAUGUGAAUUUCAGUGAGGAGCAGCUAAAGGCUGCUGAAUACCAAGUUGUCGUGACCAACCUGUCGCACGACUUCAAGGAAGCCGUUUUGCACAUGCGAGACCAAAUCUCGGUGGGCAUGGAAGUGGUCAAUUCCUUCAUGACAAAACGCGCCAUGAUGAUUGUGGGUGACAAGAAUCAGGGCAGCUUGCCAGCGUUGCAAAGGCGCAUCAUCACUGACGCUACGAAUCGUUUCGGUGCCCCUACAGAGAUUGGCAAGAUGCACCACAUCGGCUUCUUGGAUUUCAGCAAGUUUGGCCGGCUGACCAUGAUUGACAUCAAUGCAGCGGUUGAUUGGGCAAAACAGGUUUUGAUGGCCAACGAAGACUAUAGUAUGGUGAUUGCAAUCGCACCUUUGCUCGCGAGCGAGGGAGUACUUGGCGGACUCAGAGGAGAGAUGAGGCGAAUCGAAGACAAGUUUGUGGACAGUGGAUUGGAAUGCAAGAUGAUCCAAGUUCCGUUCGACCUUUCCCAGCUCCAUGGUGAAUAUGUCACUCCCGAGAGUGGCACGUUCUUUACCCAUGAACAAGGCCGCAGCCCAACAGACAAAGAAGAAACGGCUCAGUGGGUGGCAGCUCCAGCAACGCUCAAGUCGAUAAUUGAAAGUUGCAUGAGCCGGGUUUCGUCGAUGAAAUCCCAGACCUGCAUCAUUCAUCACUUCACUGCCUACGAUGGAAACCUCGAGAAGGCAAGGUGGUCAAAAUUUGAGGUUUCAGCUUGUUGGAACAAGAUUAAAUUCCCAUGA